ACUCCCUGUUAUUAUUAUAGCCAAAGUGGAAAACUAAAAUCGUUGGCGCAGUAAAGCUGAGACAUGUUUCAUCUUUUGACCAUCUAGAUAAUAUCUGAUUUCGCCCUCGCCGGUAUCGUGUCCGCCGUCUUUCCUCUGGAAAACCCUAGCUGUUCCUUCACCUUGCUGUUUAACAGAGGCUUCGCGAAUUAAAAUCCUCCGCCGGAAGACCUAUAGUCAACCCGAGCUUAUUGAACUGAUCAAUCGCCAAGAGAGAGUUGUGGGGUUCAAUGGCCGGCGGCUCUGAUGUGGCGGAAUCAACUGCCUUAUCGUGUGUUCAAUGCGGGAAGCCUGCGCAUCUGCAGUGCCCGAAGUGCAUGGAAUUAAAGCUUCCUCGUGAAGGUGCUGCUUUCUGCACCCAGGAUUGCUUUAAGUCUUCUUGGAGUUCUCACAGAUCAGUUCAUUUGAAGGCAAAGUUGUCUUCAAUUAGUAAUGGUACUCCAGGUGAACAAAAUUCAGAUUUACUAAAUGAGGGUUGGUUAUAUUGCUUGAGGGCAGGACAGGCUCGAACUCCAAAACUUCCUCAUUUUGAUUGGACAGGGCCUCUAAGACCAUAUCCUAUAUCCCCUAUGCGUGUGGUUCCUGAUCAGAUUGAUAAACCUGAUUGGGCAAUGGAUGGAAUCCCAAAGAUUGAACCCAACAGUGAUUUACAGCGUGUUGUGGAGAUCAAAACUCCAGAACAAAUUCAAAGAAUGCGAGAAACUUGUCGGAUAGCAAGGGAGGCUUUGGACGCCGCUGCUCGGGUUAUUCGGCCUGGUAUAACAACUGAUGAAAUAGAUCAAGUGGUUCAUGAGGCAACUAUUGCAGCUGGAGGAUAUCCGUCUCCUUUAAAUUAUUAUUUCUUCCCAAAGUCAUGCUGCACGUCAGUUAAUGAGGUGAUCUGCCAUGGAAUUCCUGAUGCCAGGAGAUUGGAGGAUGGUGAUAUAGUAAAUGUAGACGUGACUGUGUACUACAAAGGUGUCCAUGGUGAUCUCAAUGAAACGUAUUUUGUCGGAAAUGUUGAUGAAGCAUCUCGUCAGUUGGUCCAGUGUACUUAUGAAUGCUUGGAGAAAGCAAUAUCCAUUGUGAAACCUGGAGUUCGAUUUCGUGAAAUUGGAGAAGUAAUUAAUCGUCAUGCUUCAAUGUCAGGGUUAUCUGUGGUGAAGUCAUAUUGUGGCCAUGGUAUUGGAGAGCUCUUCCAUUGUGCACCAAAUAUUCCCCAUUACUCAAAAAAUAAAGCUGUUGGGGUGAUGAAGGCUGGACAGACCUUCACUAUUGAACCCAUGAUUAAUGCAGGGGUUUGGCGCAAUCGGAUGUGGCCUGAUGGAUGGACUGCUGUUACAGCAGAUGGCAAACGCAGUGCUCAAUUUGAGCAUACUCUUUUGGUGACAGAAACUGGAGUAGAGGUUCUUACGGCGAGGCUGCCAUCAUCCCCCAGCGUCUUCUCGUGGCUAAAUGCAUAAAUGGCCUGUGUUCGGGUCGUGGAGAGUCGUCCAUGCAAUUAUUAUCUUCUCGGAUGAGAAUAUCACGUAUGUAUCAGAUUAGACGAUAAACUCCAAUUUUGAAGUAAGGCUUUGGGAAUGGUUAGAAUGUAAAAACAAAAUAAUGGCGUUUGGAGGAUAAGAGUAAUAAUUUUUUCAAAUUGUAAUAUCAGUGUUUUCGAGAAACUCAGUAAUGUUUGUGAUAAUAAAUGCAUUUAUGAUAGGUCGAAGAAUUGACUGAAUAUUUUAAAA